GCAUUCGAGGUUGCUACAAGUUGGCCCAUCACCGCCAUGAAAGUCUGGUGCCUCCUCAUCGAUCACGAAAACAGACCUAUUAGAGCGCCCUUCAAGGUUGGAGUAUCCGCCAAUACCAAUAUCCUGAAGAAGACAGUCAAGGAUAAGGUGCCAUCCACCCUUGCCAACAUUGCUGCAGCGGAACUCGAAGUGGCGAAAUACACGGAUUCGACAACUAAUUUCCUUGAUCGAUCUAUGCUUGAGCGACACGACAAAGCGAGGAAAUCCGCCAAAGACGCAGAGAAUGAAGCACUCUUGGCGUCCCUGGACUUGAAAGAUGCUUCUUAUUCCUUUGGGAUGUUUCCCGUUAAGUCUGCAAAAAUCAAAACUUCAGGGGAGACCGAACGGGCCCGUCCAGUCCGGCCUCGGAAGGCGGAGAAAGCGAAAAAGGAGAACAUGUCCGUUCCCCGACGGCAGUCCUCCAGACUUGCCCAUCUGCACGCCAGCCCGGAUGACACACCCACACACAGGCUGGCGCGUAUCUGGCGUGCCAUUGCUUCUCUCUUUGUUGCAGGCCAAGCUGGAAACAAAGAGGAAGAGAGGCUUGCGGUGCUAGAGCUCUGCCGCGUAGUGAAGCAUCCGCGCCAUGGCAAUCCGUCUCUGGACGCUCUUGUCAGUGACGAGGACGACACAAAGGAAUCAAUCUCGUCAUUAAGGGAUACACUCGAAGCUGCUUGCAAGGACGUACAUUCUGUCGAAGCACGAAUAAAGAACUCUCGAAAUAUUCUCAGCUACGGGGCAGCGAUCCUGAUAUCAAUGAUCUUAGGAAAAGACUCAGCCGCAUGGUCGUGGGAUCGCGAGCCAAGGAUACGAGGGAGAGGGUUUAUUCCAUGGCUUACCACCUGGAGAAAACGAAAGAUCUCAAUGUCUUGCAUCAAAUUCGGCCCGACCGAUGCUCUUGGUGUAAAGGCGCGUGCGGAUGGGAAUCACUCAGCUUAUUCAGUUACACAGGUUUUUAGACAUCCUAUGAUUCCACGCUGCGUGACCUCCUUUACAUCUGGGCAAUCUACUGAGCUUCUUUCUCUUGCCUCAACUUCGACACUUCUCACAUCCUUUGAUAUCGCGCCAUGUGGGAAUGAAACAUGGAUCUCCGACGGUGAUGGUGGACUAAGCUUGUUUGGACCGGGAAGGCAGCCGAUUACGGAGACAAGUGAACGCUAA